GAGCCUGUCUGUCUUCAAUGCUGCAGGACAUUGGAAACAGGCAACGAGCGAUUCUCCCCGAGGUCUCCAUGCCUUGAACCAUCACUUUGGCUUUGUGGGAGUCGGACCAACUUCAGGUCGUAAUCUCCUUCUGAAUUCUUCGAGUUGGUCAAGUCGGUGAAGACAGCCAGGAUGCCCCGCAACAGGGCUUUCUCGGAGCCCGAGUACUCGGCCGAAUACUCAGCGGACUAUUCGGUCAGCUUGCCCUCGGACCCUGAGCAUGGGGUGGGUGCCCGGACCCAUGAGGUCACGGUGCGGAACUCGGGUUCCUGCCUCUGCCUCCCACGCUUCAUGCGCCUGACCUUCACCCCAGAGUCCUUGGAGAACCUCUACCAGACCUAUUUCCGGCGCCAGCGCCACGAGACGCUCCUGGUGCUGGUGGUCUUUGCCGCCCUCUUCGACUGCUAUGUCAUCAUCAUGUGCGCCGUGGUCUACACCUCGGAGAAGUUGCCACCCACCCUGGCUGCGGCGGUGGGGCUGGCCACCCAGGUCCUCCUCUUCGUCCUAUGCAAGUACGAGCUCCUCCCGGACCGUGUCACCCGGAAGUUCGUGCCCUACGUCCUGUGGAUACUCAUCACCGCCCAGAUCUUCUGCUACCUGGGCCUGAACUUUGCCCGCUUCCACGAGGCCAGCGACACGGUGGGCUGGCAAGCCUUCUUCGUCUUCUCCUUCUUUAUCACCCUCCCUCUGCGCCUCAUGCCCAUCGUCCUGAUCUCUUCGGUCUCCUGCGGCAUCCACACACUCGUCUUGGGGGUCACCAUUGCGCAACAGGAGCAGCAGCAACAUCAGCGACAGGAAAACACCAGUGGGAAAGACUUGUUGUGGCAGAUCUUGUCCAACGUGGCCAUCUACUUGUGCACCAUCUGCGUGGGCAUCAUGUCGUACUACAUGGCGGACCGCAAGCACCGCAAAGCCUUCCUCGAAGCCCGGCAGUCGCUGGAGGUCAAGCUCAACCUGGAGGAGCAAAGCCAGCAGCAGGAGCGCUUGAUGCUUUCCAUUUUGCCCAAACAUGUGGCCGACGAGAUGCUGAAGGAUAUGAAGAAGGAUCCGAGCCAGAAGGAGAUGCAGCAGUUUAACACCAUGUACAUGUACCGCCAUGAAAACGUCAGCAUCCUCUUUGCGGACAUAGUCGGUUUCACGCAGCUCUCAUCUUCCUGCAGCGCUCAGGAAUUGGUGAAACUUCUCAACGAACUCUUUGCUCGCUUUGAUAAACUAGCCGCCAAGUAUCAUCAGCUCCGGAUCAAGAUCCUGGGAGACUGCUAUUACUGCAUCUGCGGACUGCCAGAUUUCCGGGAAGACCAUGCCGUUUGCUCCAUCAUGAUGGGUCUUGCGAUGGUGGAAGCCAUUUCCUACGUGCGGGAGAAGACCAAAACGAAUGUGGACAUGCGUGUGGGUGUGCACAGCGGCACCGUCCUUGGCGGGGUCCUGGGGCAGAAACGCUGGCAGUAUGACGUGUGGUCGACAGACGUGACUGUGGCGAACAAAAUGGAAGCUGGAGGCAUCCCGGGGCGUGUGCACAUUUCCCAAAGCACCAUGAACUGCUUGAAAGGGGAGUUCGAGGUGGAGCCGGGAGAUGGUGGGUCGCGGUGUGAAUACCUGAAGGAGAAGGGCAUCGUCACUUACCUGGUCCUCGUGCCCAAGCAGCCCCUCAAGAACGGGAUCAACGGGGUGAAGUUGUCCGUCUCGUCCUCACACGGGAACUCGCCACAGUUGAUCAAUACCAAAGAAUGCAACGGGAGCAUCAACACCACUUGCACCACUCCGGACGAGGCAGAGGAACUGGACACAAGAGUGGUCAACCCCUCUUUUCCGAAUCCUCGUCGGCGCCUGCGUUUGCGAGACCUGGCCGAGAGGGUGGUGGAUGCGUCCGAGAACGAGCAGGAACUCAACAAGUUACUCAACGAAGCCUUGUUGGAGAGGGAGUCCGUGCAGGCGCUGAAGGGGAGAUCCACGUUCCGGCUCUCCAUGCGCUUCAUUGACCCCGAGAUGGAGACGCGCUACUCCGUGGAGAAAGAGAAGCAAAGCGGGGCAGCCUUCAGCUGUUCCUGUGUCGUCCUCUUCUUCACCGCGGUGGUGGAGAUCUUCAUCGAUCCGAGGUUGGAAGCAAAUUAUGUGACAUUCGUCAUUGGCGAGAUCCUUUUGCUCAUCCUGACCGUUUGCUCUCUGGCUGCCAUCUUUCCCAGGGUUUUCCCAAGGAAACUUGUGGCUUUCUCCACCUGGAUCGACCGGACACGAUGGGCCAGGAACACGUGGGCGAUGUCUGCCAUUUUCAUCAUCACCAUGGCAGACAUCGUGGACAUGCUCAGCUGCAAGCAACACUACACCGUUUUCAAUGCCACGAAGGUUGAGCUGCUCGCGAAGGGCUGCGUGGAGAACCCCAAGUACUACAGCUACAUCGCUGUCCUGGCGCUCAUUGCCACCAUCAUGCUGGUCCAGGUCAGCCACAUGGUCAAGCUCACCUUGAUGGUGCUGAUCACCUCGAUCGUGGGCGUCGUCAACAUCCUGGUCUGGAGGCAGAUCUUCGAUACGUACGACAAGAAGCGCUUCCAAGAGAGCACGAACUCGCUGGUUUCAUCCAAAUACUCCAUGACGGUCAUGAUUUUGGUGAUGAUGCUCAGUUUCUACUAUUUCUCCCGCCAUGUGGAGAAGCUGGCCCGGACUUUAUUCCUGUGGAAGAUAGAUGUUCACGACCAGAAAGAGCGGGUCUAUGAGAUGCGGCGCUGGAACGAGGCCCUGGUCACCAACAUGCUUCCGGAUCAUGUGGCGCGGCAUUUCCUGGGGUCCAAGAAGCGGGAUGAGGAGCUGUACAGCCAGUCUUACGAUGAGAUCGGGGUCAUGUUUGCCUCUCUUCCCAACUUCGCCGACUUCUACACCGAGGAGAGCAUCAACAACGGUGGGAUCGAAUGCCUGCGCUUCCUCAAUGAGAUCAUUUCGGAUUUUGAUGCACUCCUAGACGACCCCCAGUUCCGAUGCAUCACCAAGAUCAAAACCAUUGGCAGCACCUACAUGGCGGCUUCAGGCGUGACGCCCGACAUCAGCACCAACGGUUACAACAACACGGUUAAGAAGGAAGACCUUUCUGAAAAGGAGCGCUGGCAGCACUUGGCGGAUCUGGCUGACUUUGCCUUGGCCAUGAAAGAGACCUUGAUGAACAUCAACUACCAGUCAUUUAAUAACUUCAUGCUUCGAAUAGGAAUGAAUAAAGGCGCAGUGCUGGCCGGCGUCAUUGGUGCCCGCAAACCUCACUACGACAUUUGGGGGAACACUGUGAACGUGGCCAGCCGGAUGGAGUCCACGGGCGUCAUGGGCAACAUCCAGGUGGUAGAGGAAACGCACCUGGUCCUGAAGGAGUACGGCUUCCGCUUUGUGCGCCGAGGCCACAUAUACGUCAAGGGCAAAGGUGACCUGCUCACCUACUUCAUGAAAGGGAGGGAGAAGCAAGGCUCCAUUGUCAACGGCUCCUGCGUGACGCUGCCCCACCAAGUGGUCGACUGCUCUUGAAGGGUGACGGGAGCCAGUUACGGAAGCCGACAGGCGCCUUGUCGCCGCCAAAGGCAAAGUGGUUCUUCUUCUGGGCGGGGAGGUAGCUGUACAUGUACACACACUGCUAACACCAGUAGAUUAUUUCAGGAAGCCAACCCGUUUGCCCUGUUCCUUUCUUGUUUUUCCAAGGCUUGCUAUUAUUUGUCAGGGGGCUUCUUUGGACACCUGGGUCGACAUUUCCCUCUGGAUGGAUAGAGACAGGGAGGGAGAAAGGGAGCAAUUCCUGUCUUUUUUGCAAAUCUAUGUGGACCGUACGGGUCUCAAAGUGAGAAAAGAGUUCCUCGGUGCAACACAUGUGUAGCUUGCUUUGUUGACAAUCUCUCUUGAUAAGUCCAAGUGAAGAACAGGCACCCGUGGGUUUUUGGUGCCAUAGAUCUGGUCUCUGCCUUGAGCUUUAGGCCAAAUCAAACACUAAAUGGAGCCCAAGCUCAGCAGCAAGAAGAGGCUUUGGAGAGGAUGCCAUGCUUGGGCUUGUUGUUGGAUAUUCAAACGGACUCACUUUUGCUACACAAAAAAACCACACUGUAGAUAAAAUAGACGGAAGACGGGUGGGGAAAUCAAGUGCAAUCUUUCUUUGACUCUUUUAAGAAGACGUCCUAGUUCAGAUAUAUAUAUAAAUAUAAAUAUAUAUAUAAAAAGAAACAGAUUCUUUAUAUUUUUAAUUCUGAAAGCAAGGUGCCUCCUCUUUCUGGCUGCGCCUUGCCUCUUUUGCGGCCCUCACUUCUGAUGCUUUAAAAAAGAUAAAAUAAAAAUAAAGGAAGAGGUUUAUCUGGUGCAAGACUGUUUUUACUGAAUGAAUGCCUUCAUCCGAUUGUUAUGCUGGAAAAAAAUGUAAUUAUUUCUCUAGUUUCUCAAAUAGAAUGAGUUUGGUUUUAAA